AUUACAUUAAUAAAAACUUCAAAAAGAAAAAAAAAAACUUUAUUUAAUAAAAAAUAUAAUGAAAAUUCUUGGCUUUGGAAGGAAGACCAAACUUUGAAGCAACUGAAACUUCCUUUUUCUUUCACAUUCUAGAUUUCUUAAGAAUCUUUCUCCUUAAUACUCGGAGGAACUGGAAUCUAAUGACACUUCUCUCCCAAGAUUAAAGAUUGAAGAUUCUAGUGAUGGAAAUUCUCUCUUACAGUUCUUCACCAUGUUGUCAUGUUGUGAAUUUGAACUGGAAUUUAGUUAUUAAAAGCUCAAGUUUUCAACCUAAGAUUCCAUCUUCAAAAAGACCCAGAAUUUUUUGUUCCCAACUUGAUUCUGAAAAUGGAUAUUUGGGAUUUUACAAGUUCUUGGGAAACCCUAAUAGAAAAGAAAGUUUUGGGUCAGAAAACUCCCUAUUGAACCCCAAAAAACAUGUUGAUACUAAGGUCUUGAGUGGUGGCUCUGAUGGUUAUGUAAUUGGUGAUGAAGAAGAAGCAAGACAGCUUUCAGGAACUGGGAAAUCAGUUACUAAGGUUUUGAUCCCUGGAUUACCAGAUGAAUCCAAUGCUGAAACCGCAGCCGAAAUCACUAGCUGUUUUUGGGAAUGGAAGCCUAAAUUUAAUGUCCAUUAUGAUAAAGCAGGGAGUGAGAAUGUGAGCUCACCACCAGUGUUGUUUCUUCCUGGUUUUGGUGUUGGUUCUUUUCAUUAUGAGAAGCAGUUAAAGGAUUUGGGACGCGAUUAUCGAGUUUGGGCAAUCGAUUUUCUUGGUCAAGGUAUGUCCUUGCCAUUUGAAGAUCCUGCUCCUUUGUCUAAGGAAGGAGAUGAUUUUAUUGGGACAGAUUUUCCUUGGGGUUUUGGAGAUGAAACUGAGCCUUGGGCAAGUGAGCUUGUUUACUCUAUUGAUUUGUGGAGAGAUCAAGUUCGUUGUUUCAUUGAACAGGUCAUUGGAGAACCGGUUUAUCUUGUCGGGAACUCGUUAGGAGGAUAUGUCGCCUUGUAUUUUGCAGCUACCUAUCCUCACCUAGUUAAGGGUGUUACAUUACUCAAUGCUACCCCUUUUUGGGGCUUUUUACCAAACCCGAUGAGGUCUCCUAGAGUAGCUAAGUUCUUCCCAUGGGCCGGAACAUUUCCUAUCCCAGCACGCGUUAGAAAGCUCACAGAAAUUCUUUGGCAGAAAAUAAGCGAUCCAAAUAGCAUUGCAGAGAUUCUCAAGCAAGUGUAUGCAGAUCAUUCAACAAAUGUAGACAAAGUGUUUUCGAGAAUACUUGAAACGACAGAGCAUCCGGCUGCAGCUGCAUCAUUGGCCUCGAUUAUGUUUGCUCCUCAGGGACAACUCUCGUUUCAAGACGCCUUAUCUAAAUGUCAAUUGAACAACAUACCAAUCUGUCUCAUGUAUGGGAAAGAAGAUCCUUGGGUUAGGCCAGUUUGGGGCCUUGAGGUGAAACGCCAAGUACCCGAAGCUCCUUAUUACGAGAUUAGCCCAGCCGGUCACUGCCCUCACGAUGAAGUUCCCGAGGUUGUAAAUUUAUUGUUACGCGGGUGGAUCAAGAACGUAGAGUCACAAGGCUCGGUGACACUACCUUUGCUCGAAGAAUUUGAAAGUACGGACUUUAACAUUGCUCGGGAGUUGGAAUUCCCGAGAGAUGGAUCGAAGAAGGAAGUAAACGUGCGGUUCUUCGGUUCCAAUAUCACACUUUGGAACUGGAUAAGUUCUUAUAUCAGAGCACAUUUGGGAGACUUGAAAUUUAAAUCUUAGCAGUAGCCAAGUAGAUGCUGUAAAUUUUUAGAUGUAACACUAUUCACUAAUUCAUUAUUAUAUUGGAUAAAUCAUUUAGUUGUGUAAUACAUGUUUAGUUUUGAAUUAACAUGUCUAAAUUUUCUCAAA